AUGCCAAGUGAGGUCUGUGGGCCCAAUUCCAACUGUACCAAUGUACUGGGAGGACACACCUGUUCUUGCUUGCCUGGAUAUAAUUUCACUGAUUCAACUUGUGAAAUCAGUCAAAGUAACCCAUGUUCAGACUUAGAUGAAUGUCUUCAAACACCGUCAGUCUGUGGUCCAAACUCCGUCUGCAACAACACCAUUGGAGACUACAGUUGCUCAUGCUUGAGUGGAUACAAUGUCACUGAUCCAAGUGUGCGAAGUAGUGCUGACAAUCCCUGUACAGACAUAAAUGAAUGUGACGAGGUACCAAACAUAUGUGGCCCCAACUCGGACUGCACCAAUACCAAUGGAAGCUACAACUGUUCUUGCUUGAAUGGAUUUCAAGUGGCCUUCCCAAACCAAUCCAUAAGCAAUAGCAAUCAGUGCAGGGAUGUGAAUGAAUGCCGUCAGACCCCAUCAGUUUGUGGUCCAGACUCAGUCUGCAACAACAUGUUUGGAGACUACAGCUGCUCAUGCUUGAGUGGAUACAAUGUCACUGAUCCAAGUGUGCGAAGUAGUGCAGACAAUCCCUGUACAUACAUAAAUGAAUGUGACGAGGUACCAAACAUAUGUGGCCCCAACUCGGACUGCACCAAUACCAAUGGAAGCUACAACUGUUCUUGCUUGAAUGGAUUUCAAGUGGCCUUCCCAAACCAAUCCAUAAGCAAUAGCAAUCAGUGCAGGGAACAUUGUUGA